AUGUCGUCGAUAGAAGACAGUCUUUCUGAAACAGAAAGCUCACAAUUUGGCAGUGAGGACGAAAAAAUCGAGAUAGAAGGAACAGAUGGAGCGAGCAAUCGAUUUGAAGAUGAUUCGCUCGAACCGUACGCGGACGAGCCUUUGGCGGACGAAGAAUGGCUCGAAAACUACAGGCGAGAGCAGGCGGAAAACGCAGAAUUGGAGAAAGAGCUGACGAAGCGUCUUAAUAACAGCGUGCGUGUUGCUGACUGGUAAGUUGAUUUUACAUACAAGCACUUGCAGUUGCCUUGAAUGUUUGUAUGUCUAAGUCGAUUACAUUGUACUGUGGAAAUCAUCAGCAUUUCGUGUAACUUUCUGAACGUUUUGUUUCAAACGUAGGUGUACUUGUGGAAAAUGUGAGCGCGAUUUGCUUACGAAUAUAAGCGAAUGUUAUUGUUGUAAAGAACUUGAAGGAUGUGUCGAGUCCCUGACAAGUGAAAUUGUCCUGGAAGAUCUUGAGGAGGGCCAAGAGUUAUGCUGUGUAACAGAACAUCCCGGUUUCAGCCCAGUCUGCCUAGAAAAAAUGGAGUCUGCGGUUGGCAGGUGGGAAAUAUCGAACAAAAGCAAGAGAAUACUACAAGAAGACUGGAUCAGAAGAAAGGUGAAACUGAUUUCUCAAAAAUAAUUUUAACUUGAUUGUAUAUUUAUGAAGUAUUUUUCAAUUUGUUCAAUAUCAAUAAUAAAACAGGAACAGGCUGUUUUGUUCAAGUUUCAAAGUUUGGAAAAUAUUAUUCACAUUUGCCAAUAGAACAACUUGUUCCUGAUUUGGUUUGAGUAUAACAUACCCCUAUACACAAGAGGUUUCUGAAAAAUACCACCAAUAAUAAAUUAUUCGUCUUCUUUCUCUCUCAUGAAUUAGAAAGGGAUCCUGCCAGUCUAGAACCCUUGAUUUGGUUCUUUGUAAACUAUAUUCAUAUUGGGUUGUUAUUUUAUUGUCUUUUUUAGAUAUCUCAGAUCGAUUGCAUACAGGGAAUUUACCCGACUUGUUCAUGGAUACUUGGGAAAAAGAAGGAUCCCUCUUCCUGCCUGUGCCUACACUGCGAUUCGGAAAGCAUUCCCCAGCAAAGAGGAGGAACCAAUGACAGGAUUUCAAUUAGACGAAGA